AUGAAAAGAGGACUGGGGUCGCAAAAACCCAAACUUGCUCAAGGUUUCUACGAAAUUGAAGAUGUGAGAAAGAAAAGGGUUCGCAAGGGGCAUACUGAAUAUCUGAUAAAAUGGCGUGAUUGGCCCGAGAGAUCAAAUACAUGGGAACCUGCUGAGAAUGUACAAGAAUAUGUUGAUGAAUUUGAAGAAAGCUUACUUUUGAGAAAGCGAAAGAGGAAGCGGAAGGGUAGAGUUGCAAGUAAAUCAUUUCAUAGAGAGGGAAAUAAGGGUAAUGAGACGAAUGAAUUAGGUCAUGAGGCACCUAGUGAUGAGGAUGUGGGUACAAUUGCUACCCAGCAAACUAAUGAGAACGAGAUUGUUUCUUCCAAAGUCACUGACCUCAGAGAGACAUCCUCCAUAGACAACUUAAAUUCAGAGAAUGGGAAGAAGAAGGUGCUUGAUAUAAGGCUUUCUGAUAAUUUGGUAGAAAGUCAUAUUGCAGAAGUAGAUUUUGGUGAAAGUACUACUCACAGUAAUUGUUUGACAGGAGCUAAAAGGAGGAAAUCUGGAAAUGUCAGGAGGUUUCGGAAGGAAUCCACUGUGUUAGAAGAUGCCCAAAAUGGAGAUAAGUCUGAACCUGAUCAGCAUAAGGCCGGAAGGUUGUCUAAUAACCCACAUUCUAUUACUCAUGAGAACGAGAGUGUUUCUUCCAAAGUCACUGAGCUCACAGAGAGAACCUCCAUAGAGAACUUAAAUUCUGAGAAUGGGGAGAAGAAGGUUUCUGAUAUAAGGCUUUCUGAUAAUAUGGUAGAAAGUCAUAUUCCAGAAGUAGAUUUUGAUGAAAGUACUACUCACAGUAAUCGUUUGACAGGAGCUAAAAGGAGGAAAUCUGGAAAUGUCAGGAGGUUUCGGAAGGAAUCAACUGUGUUAGAAGAUGCUCAAAAUGGAGAUAAGUCUGAACCUGAUCAGCAUAAGGCGGGAAGGUUGUCUAAUAACCCACAUUCUAUUACUCAUGAGAACGAGAGUGUUUCUUCCAAAGUCACUGAGCUCACUGAGAGAACCUCCAUAGACAACUUAAAUUCUGAGAAUGGGGAGAAGAAGGUUUCUGAUAUAAGGCUUUCUGAUAAUAUGGUAGAAAGUCAUAUUCCAGAAGUAGAUUUUGAUGAAAGUACUACUCACAUUAAUCGUUUGACAGGAGCUAAAAGGAGGAAAUCUGGAAAUGUCAGGAGGUUUCGGAAGGAAUCAACUGUGUUGUCUAAUUACACACAUUCUAUUACCAAGAUCAAACCUACUGGUUAUUCAGUCUCAAUAAAAUACGAUGUACAAGAUGAUGUGCGUGUCAGUAAGCUCCGAUGGGACAGAGGUGGUGGUUGA